AUGGCCAAGAAGAAGAACCGGCGCAAGCCCCGCGCGAAACAGGCACCACGAGAUUCUGCUACUGACCAGCCGCAGCCUGUCAAUAACAGAUCGUUGUCCAAGUGCGGCGCAAGCACUGCCAAGGCUCAGCAGAAAGCCAAAGCAAGUGCAGGAAAGAUAUCAACUGCGCAUCUUCCGCUGCCAGGCCGCGAAAAGAGACCUUGCUACCAGAAAAAAGUCAUCAAGUACCAUCGAAAGACUUCGAAACGGCGUGAAGACAUGGACGACGCGUCCAUCAACCCACGGGCGAGCCCGCCCGGCCAGAACGAGGAGUCACGCUCCGAUGAAGUGGAAUUCAUCCUCUCGCGUCUGGAUGAUUCUCAGAAGUAUCUUGGUCUAUGUGGCCGAUACACCGAGUACUUGAUGCAAGAGUUCACCCCCACCGGGGAUCAGUACAUCAAGACGUACAUCUUGGAGAAGUAUAAGCCCGCACAGCUGGUGCCAAGGGGCCAGUACUACUACAACGAUCCGUCCAUCUCUGGUCUGCCCGAGUCUGAUGAGCAGAACUUGGAUCAUUUCAAGUAUUGGCCGGAUAUUCCUGGCGUGAUCACAAUCGCGCCCCUGUCUCUGUCUACCAAGGAGACUUCACUCCGUCACGAGAAGAUGCAGGAAAACAUGCUUUUCAAAUUCCUGCGUGUCCCCGAGCUCGGCGACAUGCUCAUGGAGAAUCUAUCUCACCAAGCGAUCAAGAAUCUCAUCUUGACGUGUUCGCAGGCCCACCAUCUAGUCUCUCAACUCUUCGAUACGUGGGACCUCAGUAGGGGAGAUUUCCAUGGCUGCGAUGUCAUGCACCGGGAGGUCUGGGCUGCACUGCCAGUUCCUCGGAGCGAUCCGGAAGAGCUAAAGCAGGGUGUCGGCAAGUCUGUCGUCGUCUCGCCUUUCCGCCUUGGUUGGUCGGAAGAAUCCCCAGAAGAAGGCUUUAGGCGUGGUAACAUUCAAUACCCUGUGCAACUCACCCAUACGGUUCGCCUAUUCAGGUCCAUUUUCAACUUUGGUCGCAACAUUCGAACCCUACACCUGCACCGGGUGCCCUUCCUAACCGUUGAGGGCCUUGGACUUAUCCUGGCCGGUGAGACAGAUCCCAUGCCUAAUCUCACCAACCUGGGAAUCUACCGGUGCGAGCUUCUUCAUUUCGGCUCAGCUGCCAAGAUCCUUCAAAUCGCCAAGGUCCGAUGCAAGGAAUAUGGUCGAAAGCUUGACGCCUUAGACUUCUAUCCUCGACAUCAUGAUGGCCCUAUGGUAGAGGGCCGCCUUGGCUCCUUCGGCCUGAGCUGGGGAGACUCGGGUAGCGACACCCCGGCCUCAGUCGCCUCAGAGCUUCUCUGGCGCAUCUUGCCUGCAGCAGCAGAACUUUCCUAUGAUUUCACAUCGGAAGCGUCGUCUUUCCGGCAAUUCCUAGAGAAGCUGCCUUUGCCUGACUUGUUUGUUCCGCAUUGCCUUGCUAUAGCGGACCAGAAGAUCAAGGCUGGUCUCAACACCCCAACUGAGGACCUUCCAAGUCGGCUUUUGAAGGACAUGGUCGCCCUUGUCGAACACCGAGUCAUCGACGAUGAGGAUCGCUUUGCCGGAAAUUGGCAGGAAUGUUCUGUUUGCAACGAGCAAUAUCCCAUCAACUUCAUCCACUGCAAGUCUGGUGAUAGAUGCGCGGGAUGUGUUCUUUCUUCCUGCCUCGACUCCGAGUGGGAUCACUACAAGCUGAAUAAGCUGUAUAUCGCCGAAGUGCUUCUGCUUCGGCGACGUAGAGAUGACCCAAGAAAGAAAGAUGAGGCUGGCCAGCCGAUACCUGAGGGUACGCGACCGCUUCGAUCUCUGGACGAAUUCGUCCAGUCGAUCUUUUGGGAGGUGACCGAUCGAGGCGAUGAGCCUGCCGGUCUGGAAGAUGCCAAAGAACUGGUCCAAUGGCUGGAUGGCGUCCAAGGUGCCCAUACCCAUGGGCAGCCUGGCAGUCCCCCUCCGCCUGGAUUCGCCACCGAACAAUGCGUCAACCCUUUCCGAGUUCCCGGAUAUCAUGACACGCCCCGAUGCGAACAGCAACCUAACUUCUAUGACCCUAGGCGUCGCAUCCCGCGACAGAUCUAUGACCCGGACCCUAUGAUGGCCUUGGUACGCGCCACACGGUACCUGCGUCCCUUCAACCUGGACGCUAUGCGGCAGGCCUAUGCGAGGAACUUCCUAAAGUUCACGCUCAGGAAGAAGUACAAGCCCGCGGAGCGCACGGCCGAGGUUGCUGCAAAGCACUUCGAGAGCUUCUUGGGUGAGCAUCGUCUACUGGGUCUGAGUAUCGGCUCUGAUCGUGCCGCUACUAUUUUGAAGCCUGAGCUCCAUGUUGCCCCGGUCAUCCCCUACUGGGGUUUGGAUAUCCCCAAUCCCUGGGACUCUCCUCCUGAACCUUGGCCUUCCGAGGAUGCUCCGGUUACUGGCUCCGUUUCUACCUUUGCACCUCUGGUUGAGUCGGCGCCUCAGACCGUGGAGUGGGGAGCCAUCAAGGCUCGUGAUGAGGACAAGUCUGUCAACGACACGACGUCGAGCGCCAAGAAUAGAACCCGCGGCCGUAAGAGCCGAGGACGUAACCUGAAGGGAAACAACCAACGUGGCCAGGGUCAACAGGGUAGCGGAGGCCAGGCGAACGACAAGUCUGGUGGUCAGCGCGGCAACAAUGCUCGCAAGAACCAAGGCAAUUCUGCCAACAACGGUCAGCGCAACAAGUUUCACGUCCCCGACGACGUGCGCAACUGGCUUACUGAGUCCAAGGCUACGCCGGCCAUCUGGUAG